AUGGGCAGCUACACUUUCAAGUGGGAACACCCCGCGGAAGAAGUCUACGUUACCGGUACCUUCGACAACUGGACGAAAAGUGUCAAACUUGACAAGCGAGGUACCAUCUUCGAAAAGACCGUCAGUCUCAAAAUCCCGUCCGACAAGGUCUAUUACAAGUUUGUCGUCGACAACAAUUGGACCAUUAACGAAUCGUCCCCCAAAGAGGCCGACAAGGAGGGCAACGUCAACAACUUCCUUACUUCCGAAGUCAUUGCUGCUUCGACCCUCUCUACCACCGCCAUCAACACCGUCGCACCAGGAUCCACCACCGCUACAAUGGCUGGUCAACAACCCCUUGAGAAGGAUAAGCUUUUAGGUAUCAACCCCCUACCUGCCUCGGAGACCGGAGUAAACCCCAUCAACUUGAAAUCUGGCGAAAAGGUUCCUCCGGAGCUUACUGCCGGCGAUAUCCACAAACAUGUCAAACUGGAUAAAGAGUCAUACGAGAAGAGUGAUUCUCUUGUCGGAAUUCCCAACCCGGCUGAUGUUCCUGCGGCGGGCCCCAACACCAUUCCGGAAUCAAGCUUACCGAUGCCCCAGAACGCCACAAUCAACACCGUUGCCCCUGGCGCUACUACCGCUGCUCUAGCCGGCCAGGUCCCUGUGGAGUCCAAGGCCACAGACUCUACCUCUGGAACUGACGACAAGAAGAAGAAGAAGAAGAACAAGAAGAAGAACGAGAAGAAGAAGCAAAAGAAAGCUGCUGCUGCUGCCGCGAACGGCAAUGGAACUGCCAACGCUGAUGCCGACGACAAUGACAAUGAUGACGACAAUAGCGACGAGGCUGAGCAACAAAAGGGUGACCAGAGUGUUGCUGCUACUGCCACUGCCGUUGGCGGCAGUGUAGCUGCUGUCGCCGCGGCCGUCGCCGCCGGUGCUACGGCCGCUGCCAGCAAGGUCAGCGAGCAGGCUGCUCCGACUGUCGACGCAGCCAAGUCUGCUGCCACCGAGGCCAUUAACAGAAACCUGCCCGACGCCGCCAAGGAAAAGCUCCCACAGCAGGCUAAGGAGCUGCUAGGCCAGCAGGAGACUGCUCAAGGCGUGCCCGACGAGGUCACGGAAUCUAUUCAGGAGGCCGGCAAGAGCCCCGAAGCCGCCGCCAAUGCGGCCGCCGUUCAGGAAAAGAAGGCUGUUGAAUCCGAGCUCCUCAAAGAAGUCAAACCCGCUCCCGCGGCGGCUGAUGUGGCUAAGACUACGGGGCCACUCGGCCAGCAGGAGGUGGCCAAGGCCGUGCCCUCAGAGGUCAAGGAGUCCAUCCAGGCGGCUGGUAAGAGCCCCGAGGCUGCUUCCAGUGCAGCGGCUGUUCAGGAGAAGAAGGCUGUUGAGUCGGAGCUGCUCCAGGAGGCCAAGCCUGCCCCUGCGACAGAGGUGCCCAAGGUUGAGGAGAUCCCCAAUGCGGCCGCUUCUGUCGGCAAGGCUCCCGAAAAGCCUGCCGAGACCAUCAAGGCCCCUGCCCUCGCUGCUGCUGCCCCUUCCGUGGCCCCUAUUGUUGGUACUACUCAGAAAGUUGCGCCUGCCGAGAAUGGCGCUGCCAAGGUCGCCGAUGGAACCUCCAGUGCCAAGCCGACCGAGUCCAAGCCAGGAGAUACCAAGGUCGCUGUGUUCAAGCCUGUGACCCUCACUCCUGAACCGCAGGCCACCGAGACAAAGUCCGCCGAUGCCUCCGUCGCUCAGGCUGUGGAGAGCAAGGCUGCAGGCGCCUCUGCUCCUACCGUUGCGGAGGUCCCUAAGCCCGCCGAAACGGCCCCUGUUGUCUCUAAACCCGAAAACACCAAAUCCACCGACACCAAACCCGCUGGAUCGAAGCCUGCUGAACAAUCAGCCACAGCUGCUCAGUCUACUGCCAACGGGUCUGGCUUGAAGCCUCCCCAUGCCACCGCCACGGAUAAAGCUCAGGCUGCUGCCGGUAACAAGAAGAAGAGUCGCCUUAGCGCUUUUAUCAGUAAGAUUAAAGGUAAUACAUGA